AUGGAGGAACUACAAAGGCUUAUUGUAGAAUAUGUACCACCUGAUCUUCAUAAUGUAGAGGAGCAACAAUCUGAGUAUGAAGUUUCAGAUGGGGAUGUGCAUUCCGAUGAAACUGAUGAGGAUAGGGAUUUGGGUAAGUCUAGCAUAAGCAGAGUAGUUUAUGAUCCAAAGUGUGAUCACAAAGAACUACAAAUAGUUAUUGGGAUGAUGUUUCAGGAUGGAUGGCAACGCAGGAGUGCUUUAACUUCAUAUUCCAUAGAGAAUGGGAAGUUCAUACAGUUUAGAAGGGUUUCUAAACGUCAGUGUGAGGCUCGGUGCAUUCCACCGUGUGAAUGGAAAGUGUAUGCUAGUGUAGUUAAAGAAGAUCAGUCAUUCUGCAUCAAAAGAUAUAGGGGGUAUCAUAGCUGUCCAAGAGCAAUGAGUAACAAACUUCUUACCUCUAAGUGGGUAGCAAUGAAGUAUUUAAAUGUUUUCAGAGUUAGACCGGAAUUGUCUAUUGCAGAAUUGAGAGCUGAUAUUGUUACAAGGUUUAAGUAUGACUUGCCUAAAGAUAGGUUAUACAAGGCCAAAUUUAUUGCAAAAGAACUUGUUCGGGGUACAGUUGAGCACUAUUAUGGGCAGCUUAGGAGAUACAUUGCUGAAUUGAGAAGGGUUGACAGGGAGGGUCGAUUUGAGUUGUUGUUGGGUGAUAAUGUUGUUUUUCGAGGGUUAUACAUGGGAUUUAGCAGCCUGAUUAAGGGUUUCAAAAGGAGUUGUAGACCCUUAAUUGGAUUGGAUGGUUGCUUCUUGAAGACUUAUUUAGGUGGUAUAUUGUUGUGUGCUAUAGGGAAAGAUGGAAAUGAUCAAAUGUAUCCCAUAGCAUGGGCAGUUGUUGAAAUAGAAAAUGAGGAGAAUUGGAGUUGGUUCCUCAAGUGUUUGAUUGAGGAUAUGGGCAUUGGAGAUGGCAAUGGAUACGCUUUCAUCUCAGAUCAACAAAAGGGGUUACAGAAUGCAGUAGCCUCACUGGCGCCAUUUGCAGAGCACCGAAAUUGUGCACGACAUGUUUACAUGAAUUGGAAGAAAGAGCAUAAGGGAUCAACAUUGAAAAACAUGUUUUGGCGGGCUGUCAGAAGCACAUAUAUUGAGGAGUACAAGGCUGCAAUUGAAGAAAUGAAACUUGAAGAUCGGGCAGCCUAUGAAGACUUCAUCAAUAGAGACACUCACAAGUUUUGUAAGGCUUUCAUCUCCACUACUUGUUGUAGUGAUAUGGUAGAUAAUAAUAUAGCAGAAACAUUUAAUGGUUACAUCUUAAAUGCUAGAGGAAAACAUAUCAUCCAUAUGUGUGAGGAGAUUAGGUGUAAUCAAAUGGUUAGGCAGGUGAAGAAAAUGGACAUUAUCUCUAAAAAUAAUGACACCAUAUGUCCUAAUAUUAGAAAGAAAAUAGAGAAACUGAGGGCAUCUUGUGGAGGUUGUGUAGUUCAUCCUGCUCUUGGGGGUAAGUUCGAGGUGCACCAGUACGAUGAUAAGUUUGUUGUGCACAUAGGCAAUCAUACGUGCACAUGUAGGGUUUGGGAUGUAUCUGGAAUACCAUGUUUACAUGCAGUAGCUGUUAUACAUUUCAUGAAUCAAGAUCCAGUGCAUUAUGUACAUCGAUAUUACACCGUUGAAAAUUACAUGUUAGGCUAUCAGCUUGGUCUAGAACCAGUUAGAGGUGAGAAAAUGUGGCCUGAGGUUUCUGGGUUUAAGGUUAAACCACCUGUGAUAAUUAAGAGGGUUGGUAGGCCUAAAAAGAAGAGGGCUAGGUCUGCUACGGAAAGAGAUCAACAAAAUCCCAACAAAUUGAGGAAGACAUGGGUGAAGAUGACGUGCAAAAACUAUGGUGGCGUAGGUCAUAACACGAGAGGGUGCAAGAAUGAGAAAGUGGAUAUUCCUACCAAAGAAAAGGGGAAAAGAGGGAGGCCUGCCAAGCCAAAAGAUGCUACGAGUACUUCGACAUCGAAGGGUAGAUCUAAUAGAAAGACACCUCAAGCAACUGAUGCAGCAACUGUGGCUAGAGAAAGGAACUUUGCUAGACGAGGUGUUGGCGUAUUCAUAGCUGAGGGCACCGGAAACAUCUAUACUCAUGCUCCAUUCCAAAGGAGAGUGCACCAUGUGAAUCGUGUAAGAGGAAAUAGAGAAGAAGCAACAAGUACUACUCAUCAGGGGGUAUCUUCCACACAAGAAAGCAGGAACACAUCAGAGAAUGCACCUAGAGAUUAA